ACGGCAGUUCGACCACGUCCCUGGCCACGUCGCGCCCGCUCCCGCCAUCUUUCGCCGCUUCCUCUCUCAGGGGCUGUCGCCGUGUCCUGAGUCGCUGCCGAGCCCCGGGGCCGCCGUGACGCGCCGACCGCCGCAGCCAUGAACAUCUUCCGGCUUACUGGGGACCUGUCCCACCUGGCGGCCAUCGUCAUCCUAUUGCUGAAGAUCUGGAAGACGCGCUCGUGUGCGGGCAUUUCUGGGAAAAGUCAGCUUCUGUUUGCACUGGUCUUCACAACUCGUUACCUGGAUCUUUUUACUUCGUUCAUUUCAUUAUAUAAUACGUCUAUGAAGCUUAUCUACAUCGCCUGCUCCUAUGCCACCGUAUACCUGAUCUACAUGAAAUUUAAGGCCACCUAUGACGGGAAUCAUGACACCUUCCGAGUGGAGUUCCUGGUGGUCCCUGUGGGAGGCCUCUCGUUCCUAGUCAACCAUGACUUCUCUCCUCUUGAGAUCCUGUGGACCUUCUCCAUCUACCUGGAGUCCGUGGCCAUCCUUCCACAGCUCUUCAUGAUCAGCAAGACCGGCGAGGCCGAGACCAUCACCACCCACUACCUCUUCUUCCUGGGCCUCUACCGUGCUCUGUACCUCGUCAACUGGAUCUGGCGUUUCUACUUUGAGGGCUUCUUUGACCUCAUCGCUGUGGUGGCCGGUGUAGUGCAGACCAUCCUCUACUGCGACUUCUUCUACUUGUACAUUACAAAAGUACUCAAGGGAAAGAAGCUCAGCCUGCCAGCGUAAGUGCCAAAGACCAUCAGCAGCAUCUGCCCUUCAGGGUGCUCGGACAGGGUCUCACAGCGAAGGCGCAGGAUGCUCAGUGCGGAGAAGCAGGGCUGGCUUCUGUGGCAGCCGCUCGCUGGUGGCUCUGCGGGGAUGCAGAGGGAAGA